AUGGAGCUGGAGCGCUCUGUAUUCCUUGAGGUACAGGCAAAAUCUGAGGAAGAACGAAAGGCUCUGGUUGCCCGAAUAAGACAAGCAGAGGAAGACAAAGGCCGAGAGAUCGAGUCAGCACUACACAGCCACAGAGAGCAGUGGCGAGAGGCAGCAAGCCGCGAAACACAGCAACUGCGCGCUUCCUUGACAGCAACUCACAGUAAGAAUCUCAAGACUGCAGAGAAGCAGGGAGAGGUGCGGGUGUCUGAAGCCCAAGCAGCUGUCCUCAAAGAGCUGGAAGAAUGGAAAGACCGCUGUUCCAGGCUGCAAGCAGACAAGGAGGCAGAGGAAAACUCCCGCGUUGAGAUGCAAAGGCUUCACGCACAGGUGACAGAAGAUGCAACAAAGCUUCGCGACGAUCAGGAGAAGUUAAAGGCUUCCCUAGCCAGUGAAGUCCGAGCCAAGGAACAGUUCCAAAGACAGCAUGAAGCAGUGGUGCAAGAUAUGGACAAGUUGAAGUCCGACCAAGCGGAGCUGUCAAAGGACCAGGAGGCCGAGAAGAGAGCACGGUUGCUAGCGGAGCAGAAGCACGCAGCGUCUUUGCAGGACAUGGAAAGAAUGAGAUCUGACCAAGAGAGGCUUCAAGCAGACAAGAUAGCAGAGCAAGCAGCCAGACAGAAGGUUGAGCAAGAACAUCAAGCUGUCUUGCAAGAUAUGGAACGUGUCCGUGCAGACCAUCAGCGAGUGACACGGGAGAAGGAAGAUGAGGCUAGACUUCGUCAGGAAGCAGAGCGCAAACAUGCCGAAGUGCAGCGUGAUCUAAACAAAGUGAAGGAUGAUCAAAGAAGGCUUCAAAGUGACAAGGAAGCAGAAGAGAGGGCAAAGCUUGAGGUGCAGCGUUUACACCAAGCAAAAUCCUCAGACACAAGCGAUAGAAGCGGAACCGAGCAGCAUUUUUUUGCACCAAUGACAUUGUAG